CGCCUCGCACCAACACCAGCACCACCGACGCUGCUCUCUAUAGUCUGGACCACUUAUUUUGAGAGACGGUUAAAAACGUGAACGAUGACAGAAGAAAGUAGGGGAAAACGGAGGAAACAAGCCAACCCCAGGAGGAAUCGAGUAGACGCUGAGCAGGUGAGUUCACUGGGGUCUGAGGGGGAGGAUGAGGUGGGCCUGUGGAGCCUGGAGCCCCAGGACUGCCAGGAGAGCCUGGACAAGACGAGCCUGACGCCCAGCGAGGGAACAGAGGAGCCUGGCAGCCCCGUUCACUCAGUAAGGCCACGAAGCCUCAGUCCCGAGGCUGAGGCCGCAGAGGAAACCACGCCCACAGCCAUCAUGGACCGGGAGGGGGAUCAGGAAGGAGGGAGGAUGUACCGUAAAAACUCAGACUCCCAGAAUGCCUUAGAGGACUUGGCCCACUAUGAGUUCCUGGCCCAGUUGAGGAAGGCCUCUAACUCAGCAAGUUUGUUGGACCAUCUGACCCAAAACGGCAGCACAGCGAUGUUCCAUCACAGCAGCAGACAUGAUGAGCUGCCGCCGGCCAUCUGGUCUCCAGGAGCUCAUCACCACCCACCAGACGGAGCAGAUGCAGGGAGGAGCCAGCAGGCCUGUCCGUUCUGCCACAGGACAUACCAGCGAGGAGCCUCUCUGAGGGACCAUAUCAAGUACUGUCAGGAGAGGGAGGGGGGCCAGAUGGUUUGUCCACUGUGUGGAUACACUGCCACCCUUAGGGCGCAGAUGGAGCGGCACCUGGCGCUUCACAACCAGGUUCAGGAGAAGAGUGCCAUCACUUUGGACCAAGGCGUGGAGACCAGAAAGUUCAAAUGUCUGCAAUGUGGGAAAGCAUUCAAGUACAAACACCACCUCAAAGAGCAUCUCCGUAUCCACAGUGGUGAGAAACCUUACGAAUGUGCCAAUUGCAAGAAGCGUUUCUCUCACUCUGGUUCUUACAGUUCCCACUUAAGUAGCAAAAAGUGCCUUAGUGGUGGAGCAAGUGGCGGGAUGAAUGCAGGAGGAGCCAGUGGAACAUUAAACGGUCAUAACCAAAGCUCCUUUCACCAUUCAUUUCCAAUAUCUCCCUCUGCAGGCGGAGGGAGAAGCCUUAACGAUAAGGGCUCAUUGUUAGCUUCUCAGAACCAAGAUAAUACCAGGUCGUUAGGGCAAGCACCAGAGGAUGCUAACCAGAAUCACAUAGGCUACCCAACAGACCUUGCUCAUCUUUGGGACCCUUCAUCUGACCUUUCUCUCAGAGCCAGUAUACUCAAAGGGACCACCCUCCUGCCUUAUCUCAACUCUGGAACCAAGUUUGAGCAGGUGCUACAGAAGAUGCUCAACAGGGAGGUCAAUAAAGAUGAGGAAAUGGAAGCAACAAUGGAGAAUAAGAAGGGGAUUUUCAAUGGAGGAGUAGCUGAUGCUAGAAGAGAGGCAGUGAGGUCAGGUGAAGGGGUAUCAUGUCGCUGGUGCUCCCAGCUUUUUCCUAAUGUGGCGGUACUCCUACAGCACGAGCGCUACCUCUGUAAGAUGAACCGAGAGGCAGUGGAGGUACCUGAUCACAAAGAGCACACAUCACCUUUAUUCUUCUCUAGAUCAGGGUUUCAGCCAGAGAACAGUAAACCUAGUGAGGUCACAAAUGGUCUCUCCAGAAACAAAUCACCAUCACAGAAGCCCAGUUGGCACUCUGUACCACAGCAGCUUUUAGUUGCGAUGCAGUCUACGCCACAGCCCCGUCAUGAGCCCCUGUCCUCACAUCCAUACUGGUCAGUCCAGGAGCGAGGUAGCCCCAGUCAGCUGAUUAACCAUUCCACAGAGUUAUCAUCACCUCGACCCAGAAGGAGUGCUCCUUCUUCAAGGUUUGGUUCUCCUGUUUGCCUAGACCUCACUAACUGUCCUCCUGAACUCCCCUCUCCUCAAAAUCACACCGGCAGCCCCUGGUCUGCACAGAACGAGCCUCUAGACCUCUCCCUGCCCAAGCAGCUCUCAGACAAAGACGUAAGAAACAAAGCUGUCAAUGGCAGCACCAGGGGAGAGAGGAGAGAGACUGCACCCCAUCAGCUUAGGAAACUCAGUCCCACCCAACCUUCAUUUCUACCCCUUCAUCAUCACCCAGUCUACAGCGGGGCUGGAGCUCCUGUGUUUCCAGGCUCAGUGUACAGUGGAUUUCCUCUUUUCAAUCAGUCUGGUUUAGGGCUUUCAGGACCUGAUGGCCUCACAUCGCUUCCAUUUAGCCAGGCAGCAAACAGUCCAGGGUUUCUCUCUCCUAUUGCUUACAUGAUGGAGACGGAUGCAGAGGCUGCACUGAAAAAGAUCCACCAAGAGAGACAAGCUCUAAUGGGGGAGGCAUUAAGCCGUGGAGCUUUGGACUACCUGUCUUUAAUGGACGACAGUCUUGAUAGCGAAGGUGGACCAGGGAGGAAGAGACUGAAGAAAACGGAUGAGGGGCUAUAUGCGUGUGACAUCUGUGAAAAAACCUUCCAGAAGAGCAGCUCCCUCCUAAGACACAAAUAUGAGCAUACAGGCAAACGUCCUCAUGAGUGCAAGAUCUGCAACAAGGCUUUCAAACAUAAGCACCAUCUCAUCGAACACAGCCGCCUACACUCUGGAGAGAAACCCUACCAAUGUGACAAAUGUGGCAAGCGCUUCUCUCACUCCGGUUCCUAUUCGCAGCACAUGAACCACCGCUACGCUUACUGCAGCAAAGACCAGGAUCCAGACCAAGAUCAGGAGGAGAUGCCUCUUACCCCAGGGGUUAAUUUUAGCGGUCGCCUGGCAGAAGAGACACCUCUGUCCAUGGAGGACACCCAAACACCACACUCCUUCCUGAGCGAUUCCAGCCUGGAUGGAGUUCAGGAGCCAAUGAAGGAGGAAGAGGAAGAGGAAGAGGAGGAGGAUAAAGAGGCAGGGACAAGUGAUGGUCAUGACGAUGAGGCAAAUGUGAGUUUUUCAGGGGUACCAGAGGGGCUGGAAAUUAACCAAAUCCAAGAAUCACUGGUAGGAAAAAGUGGAGAGCAGAAUGAGAGAAACAGUUGCAAUGUGGAAAACCAUGCUGACAGUGUGGAGAGCCACAUAUGGGAUAGAGACACUGCAGACCAGAACAGAGACUUGGACAAAUGUGAACUGAGCUUUGAAAUCACAGAGUCACAGUUACCCAGGAUAGAAACCUAGGGUGACUUAACAAGCCAUUACAAAGCCUAUACUGUAUAUAGCUGAGACAUUUUCCUCUUACACAUUACAGUUCAACUUUUUACUUGUAUUUAAAUAUGGUAAAAUGGACAUUUGAAUGGAUGAAGCCAUAUGAAACCAAAUAAAUGUGACGAUACAAAACCAGGGUUUCUGCAAGUUUCAAUUAGUUAAAUCUAUGAAGAUUUUAAAGGCUUUAUAAAAGCAGAAUGAAUGGGAUCAUACUUUAGUGAUGCUGAUUUUUCAACAGGCUUAACCCAGCAAUAAAGCCAGUUAAAUUUCAAAACCUGUCAAAAUUGCAUAGACAUUUUAUGACAUUUUAAGACCUAAAAUCCAGAUGAUUGAAUCAUAGAGCUUUUAGAAACUCUGAAAAUAUUUUUUGAUCAUGCAAAAUAUGACUUGAUGUAUCUCUCUUGACUAUUUUAUUUUUGCAAUGUUAUCUCAGUUACAAGCUUGCUGCUGUAGCACAAUUCAAGUGAUGCAAGGCCAGAGGUUAAAGGUUAAAUAUGCAGCAUAAAUUGCAGAUGCUCUGUCAGUCUAUUUAUUCUUCCUAAUACAUGCAAGCAGUAUUGACUUUUGAAUAUCCUGUGGUAUUACUGGCUACAUGUCUUUACCUCUCUUUUAAGAAAUGAAGAAUAUCUGUAAAAAUCUUUUGGUAGCAUUGUAUAUUAAUGUACACAUACAUUAUUAACUGAUUGCUCAUUAGCAUUCAUAUAAUUGGCAUGGUGACUAAUAUUAGUCAUUUCAAAGCACUUAUUAUUUCCAUCAACAAUUAGCCUUCAAUAACAUCCUAAUCACAAUUACUGAUCAUGGAUAAGAAAGUAGUGUAUGUGCAUGAAUAACACACUUUACAUGCAGUGUGAUCUCUUCUUACACAGGGCAGUAAAAUACAAAAAUACAAAUCUUAAUAGUAUCCAAACACAUAAACAGUUCUAGCUUUAGUGUUACUAUACAUUAUACAAGAAUGUUAAGAGUGUUAAUGAUUAUUCACAACCAGAAAGUAUUAAGGCAUCUGGAAGCCGGAUACAAAAAAAAAAAGUAUGAUAAUAUAUGAUGAUAAAGAUGAGCGUCUGAUUAAGCUUUCACAUAAAUGUGAAUGAAAAUAACCAGUAAUUAC